AUGUCAAAGCGAUUCUCUGCGGCUGAGGUCGCGUCACACAAGACUGCGAGUGACUUGUGGAUUAUUGUAGAUGAGGAUGUCUAUGACCUCACCAACUUUGCGGAUGAACAUCCCGGAGGAAAGAAGAUCCUCACCCGCGUAGCUGGCAAAGACGCUUCCAAGCAGUUCUGGAAGUACCACAACGACAGCAUCCUUAAGAAGUACCAAAAGAAACUACAGGUUGGCUCCCUAGACACCAAGGCGGCACCACCCGCUCCCCCUGCGACUUCCGCUCCUGAAAAGAAGAGCGAGAAGAAAGAUAUCGUCAAGCCAGAGGCAAACUCUGGCGUCGUCGCACCUCAGCCAACCUCCGCCGCUGCGGAUAUCGAGCCAUUCGACUCCUAUGGCGAUCUAGUGCCAUACGCAGAUCCAUCGUGGUACCAGACUUACCACUCUCCCUACUACAACGAAACUCACGCUGCCCUCCGCGAAGAAGUCCGACAAUGGGUCGACGAGAAGAUCGCCCCAUAUGUUACAGAGUGGGAGGAAACAAGAAAGGUACCCGAUGAGAUUUACCUCGAGAUGGGCGAGCGUGGCUAUCUUGCUGGCUUGCUCGGUAUCCAUUAUCCUGCACAGUACACAGACAAGAGGGUCAAGAGCGUGCCACCUGAGAAGUGGGAUCACUUCCACGAGAUGAUCCUUACGGAUGAGCUGUCGCGUACUGGUAGUGGUGGUCUUGUCUGGAACCUGAUUGGAGGAUACGGCAUCGGAGGCCCUCCUCUAUUCAAAUUUGGCAAGAAAGAGCUCGUGAAGCGCAUUGGUCCAGGUCUGUUGAACGGCGAGAAGAGGAUUUGUCUUGCUAUUACUGAACCAGAUGCUGGUAGCGAUGUUGCCAACUUGACCUGUGAGGCCAAGCUCUCCGAGGAUGGCAAACACUACAUUGUGAAUGGUGAAAAGAAGUGGAUCACAAACGGUGUGUGGUCCGAAUACUUUACCACUGCCGUCCGUACCGGCGGCGAGGGUAUGAACGGUAUCUCUGUUCUCUUGAUUGAGCGCAGUGCCGGCGGUGUGUCAACACGGAAGAUGGACUGUCAGGGUGUCUGGUCCAGUGGCACAACCUACAUUACCUUUGAGGACGUCAAAGUCCCCGUUGAGAACCUCAUUGGCAAAGAGAACCAGGGUUUCAAGGUCAUCAUGACCAACUUCAACCACGAGCGCAUCGGUAUCAUCAUCCAGUGCAUUCGCUUCUCUCGCGUCUGCUACGAAGAGAGCGUCAAGUACGCCCACAAGCGCAAGACGUUUGGCAAGCGCCUCAUUGACCACCCCGUCAUCCGUCUCAAGCUCGCCCACAUGGCGCGCCAAAUUGAAGCUUCCUACAACUGGCUCGAGAACCUGGUCUACCAGUGCCAAAAGAUGAAUGAGAUGGAGGCCAUGUUGAAGCUUGGUGGCGCCAUUGCCAGCUUGAAGGCGCAAAGCACAACCACCUUUGAGUUUUGCGCCCGCGAGGCGAGUCAGAUCUUUGGCGGUCUGAGUUAUAGUCGCGGAGGGCAAGGUGCCAAGGUUGAGCGGCUGUACAGAGAUGUGAGGGCUUAUGCUAUCCCUGGUGGAAGCGAGGAAAUCAUGCUCGACCUGAGUAUCAGGCAAGCGCUGCGGGUGCACAAGGUUCUAGGCAUGAAGCUGUAA